AUGGCACCAAUCAAACCCUCGGCCACUGUCACCUAUAAAACCGUCGGGUCCCUCCAGAUCCCAAUGGACAUCUACCUCCCGCCAAACCCCAAACAAGCUCCCAUCCUCCUUUGGUUCCACGGCGGCGGUCUCCUACAAGGCCGCAGAGACAUGAUCGCCCCGCACAUGCGAUCCGGCGUAGAAAAAUACAACUACAUCGCCAUCUCCGCCGACUACCGCCUCGCCCCACAAGCCAGUGUCCACGAGAUCUUCAGCGACGUCCAGGACUGCAUCUCAUUUAUCCGGACCAAUCUGCCCUCCAUCCUCGGCGAAAAAGCCGACGUCUCCCGCCUCGCUGUCUCGGGUAGUUCGGCGGGUGGGUAUCUCGCCCUCCUGGCGGGGUUGUACGUCGAGCCGAAACCGAAGGUUAUCGCCCCGAUCUAUCCUAUUACGGAUCCGCUGGGGUCGUUCUUUACGACGCCUCAGUUACCGGCGCAGGGGAAUUAUGUUGCCGAGAAGGAGGAAAUGGCGCCGUAUCUCGAUGUGAAUGCGCCUGUGGUGGCGAGCGCGGGGGUUUCACCUGAUGAGGACUCGCGCGCUUAUAUGUAUGGAUAUAUGCUGCGGACUGCGACUCUUGCGGGGUUGCUGGGCGUCAGUGACCCACAUGAUGGAGAUGCAGGGCGGUAUCGGAUUUCGCGGAAUAUAUCUGAUCGUGGAUUACCGCCGGCUUAUAUCGUGCAUGGGGACGCGGACCGUGCUGUUGGAGUUGAGCAGGCGGAUGAGGUUGUUGGGGCGAUGGUGGGCUGUGGGUUGGAUGUUGUGUAUGAGAGGGUUCGGGGGAAGGAUCAUGUUUUUGAUGCUGAGCCUGGGUAUGAGAAUAAGGAGCUUUAUGAGUUUGUGUUGAGGUAUUUGUAG